GACAUCUAAUUUUGACAACAUCACUUCUGUUUAUCCUUGGAUAUAAAUCUUUUUGGUUUAUCUUAUCUCCACGGUUAGCUGCUUUUUAAUAUUUUGUUUAAUUUUUAUAUUCAAUUUCGUAUGCUAUUAAAAUAAGGAAAAUGAAGACAUUUUACAGUUUAAUUGUGGUUUUCGCUUGUUUUUUAUUAAUUAAAGCCGAUAUUUCAGCUAGAAUUGAGUCAUGCAGUGGGUGUAGUCUAAAUCGAUUACCAGACGUAAAAAAAUUUAUUUUUGAAGAUGUUCCACAUUAUGAAAGUGUUGAAUUCAAACAUAUUCAAGGAGCUAAACCGGAAUUAGUUUUGUUAGAUGAUGGUGAAAAAGAAAUUGAUCGAAUUCCAUUAUCAAGUUUAAAUCGUAAACAAUGUAACGAUUUGUUAGUAGAAAAAGGUUUUAAGAAAACCGCUUCUAAAGAAUUAUAAGUAAUAAAAUGAUAAUCAUUAAUGUACGUAUUUUAUAUAUUAUAUAAGGAAAUCGUUUGCUGUAAAUAAAUGCAAUUUACGAUAAUAAAAAUAAUUUCUUAAACA